UCUCCCCGCCGACUUCAGCCACUCGGAGCCUGGGGCCUGGGGGGCGGCGGGGAGGACCCCCGCCCAGGCUCAGCCCGGAGCCUCUCUCUCCUGUGUCUCUCUCGAUCUCUCCACUUCUCUGUCUCUCUCUGCCUCCCCAUCACACCCGUACCCAUGGGGAGCCCCCCCACCCCUGGGCUCCAGAAAACCUCGUCCGCUGGGUACCGGCUGCCCUCAACCAGGCCGCCAGCCGUAGAUUCCCGCACUGCCCGAGGUGGCCCCGCGGUGGGCAGGGGUCGCCAAGCCCCCCAGGCCCCAGAAGCGGAGCGCUGGGCCCUGGGAACGAACGGUGUGCAGCGGGACCAGCUGUGGAGGGAGCUCUUGGAGGCCGAGAGGAGGGGCCAGCAGCGUUGGGCUCAGCACUGGAGUUUCCUGAAAGACUACGAUCCCCUGGGCAAUAAGAAGGAGCCCGUGAAGCUGCCGGAGUACGUGCCUCUCUUCUCCGACACAGUCCCCAGCUCCACGAACCAGGUUGUGGGCAGCAGGGUGGGCACGCCCCUGGGGCAAACCCUCAUCGGCAUGGACUUUUUCUUUGUGGACGGAGUCCGGAAGAAGAAGCUGGAAGCCGAGCUGCAGCCCGUGUAGGAGGAAGAGGAGGAGGAGGAGGAGGGCUGGCUGGCCUGCCUCAGGUGGGUGUAGGGGUGGCGCGGGGAGGGAGGCCAGCCCCAGGGCCCCAGUCAACAGCCCACACGUGUCCGCCAGCCUCUCCUUCUCUCCUGGCCCCGCACAGCCUUCCCGAGGCUCCACUGGCCCAUUUUCACACAUGAGCUCAGAAGGACUCCAGGAGCUUGCCCGUGGCCCUGGACCCGGCAGCGGUGGGGACCCCCUCUCGAGGCCCAGGAGGGGCAGCCCUGGGUUUGCAGUCAUGAGCUGACCGCCUGGGUUCAAGUCCCGCUCCUGACUCUGAGCAGCUGUUGCACGGGUUGUUCGAACCUUCUGUGCUGCUGUAACAAGUAGGCCACACGCCGAGGGGCUGGAAACAGCACAUACGUAUUAUCUCACAGCGCUGGAGGUCAGAAAUCCAAAGUGGUCUCACCGGACUGAAAUCAAGGUGUGCACAGGGCUGCGUUUCUUUCAGGCCACUAAAGGCACCUGAGUCCUCGCCUUUUCCAGCUUCUAGAGGAGAGACUGCCCUCAUCCCUCGGCCCGUGACUCCCUCCUCUCCAAGCAGAAUGGGAGCAUCGCCAAUCUCCAAACCUCUCUCGGCCUCCCUCCUUCCAUCUUUUCAGACAGCCAGGAUAAUCUCUCCAUCUCACCGUUCUUAAUCAUGUCUGCAAAAUCCCUUUUGCGUGUAAGGUAACAUAUCCACAGGGCCCAGGGACUAGGACACGGACGUCUUUGGUGGGCCAUUUUUCUGCCUACCACAUACAGAAAUAAUAAAAGUACUGAUUCUA